AUGGGAACGUCUCGCGUCGCACUGAGUCUCCCGCCGCAGCCCGCUUCUUCACUCCCCUCUGCGCUUCCUGCGUACGCGUCUUCCGCCGCCGCAUUCGCCGCUGCGGAGUACUACCCCUCGGCUCGGUCAGACAAGUGCGAGGCGCGCAAGAGUGCGACGCAUCUCGUCCUGUAUCCAUCCGCCUCUCCGGUGAUCGCGCCCAAGGCCACGACGCUCGCGCCAGUCUCUCUUCAGGCGACCCACGACGCCGGUGCGGGGGACUUCGCGCGCGACUGUUUCUCAGAGGCGAAGUACGACCCAAGCAGUCACGCCACGCCGUUUUACGCAGUCCCGCGACACCCCGUGGGGGAAAGCUCGACGCCCGCGAUGUCUCAGCCGGUGGUGACGGACGCCCGCCGCGCGACGAUGCUUCAGCAGCACGCGGCGCUCAGCCACCACGCAGCGACGCGUCUUCCUGCAGACUCCGCCGCCUCUGCGCACUCGCCGCAGACUGCUGAGCCUGGUUUCUACUCGACCGCUACGCCUCCGCCGCCCUGCUGCCCGCCGACGCCUGAAUCUGGCUUCUACGCACACUGCGAGGGCUCCAGCGCAGCAGCUGGUGCAAUGUUCAAGUCGGGUCAGAGUUCCGCCUGCUUUGCGCGCAACGCGCAGACGACUACGGCCGCCUCCGCGCCUUCCAACUCGCUGCCUUCUUCCCGCAGGAACAGCGGCUCCUGGGCUCCUCUCUCGUUCCCCCAGCACCUCGUCCGCGUCGUUCCCCAGCCUGCCGGAUACCAACCGCUUCCCACUGGAUACUCGAUGCCUGUGCAGCCCUACUCGCCGUCCUGCGCGUACGCGCCCUUGCAGGGGGAGCCGAUGGCGGCCGGCGAAGGCGCGCGUCCUGCCUUUUACUCCGCGCCGGCGCCAGCGUGUCCCUUCGCCCACGCCAAGGAGUCGCAGAGCGCGUCGGCGGCGAGCGGCGUGCGAGGGCUCCCGCGCGGAAGCGGAGCCGCAGCCGAGGAGCCGCGCCGUAGUCUCUUCAGCACGUCCUCUGCUGGAGACAACUCGCAGCAGCUGACGGCGCUGCUGCAAGGCGACAGCGAGCGGACGCAGCGCACGGCGCUCGGGGCGCGCCGCGCGGCAGGAGACAGCCUCUCUCCCUCCGCGGGGACUGUAGGGUAUCUGCCACUGGUGUGCAUGCUUUUCAUGUCGAUCAUGUGCAACUUCGAUCACGGCGUGAUCCCCGCCGUCCUCGGCGACAUCCAGGAACACUUCACGCAGAUGGGGUUCGUCGAGCAGAGUCUCCUCGGCUCGCUCGUCUACUUCGGCCUCAUCGUCGGCACCUUGUUUGCAGGCGUGUCAUACCAACAUCUGGGGGCGAAGUGGCUGCUGGUCGCCUCGCUGACUUGCCUCAGCGCGUGCCUCUAUCUGUUUGCAUCUUCGUCGAGUCUCGCGGUGAUGUAUGUCAUGCGUUUCUGCAUCGGCCUCUGCCAAGCCCUGCCUGUAGUCUACAUCCCGGUUUGGGUUGACGCCUUCGCGCCCGAAGGUCAAGUCACGCGCUGGAUGGCGUUUACGCAGCUUGGAGGCAUUGGAGGGACGGUCCUCGGCUACUUCCUCGGCGGUGUGCUUUCGAGGUUCCACGGGGCGAACAUCUUCGGCCUCGCGGCCACUUCCUGGCGGACGCCGUUCACGAUUCAGGCCAUCGCCUUGCUGCCGCUGCUCUGCGCCCUCACGUGCCUCUCCGCCAAGACCGUCAACCUGCCGCCCUCCAGCUACGCGCACCCUGAUCCGGAGCGUGAAGCAGGCUUGAGCUCGAUCGCCGAAGUGGAUCCAGAGGCAGGCGAAGGGUCAUCACCGGUGCAGUCCAUCUGGCGCGUGCUUGAAGCGUCGCUGAAGGGCGUGCGGAGUCUCUUGAAGAAUCCGCUCUAUGUCAUCAUCACCCUCGGCAUGAGCACGCUAUACUUUGUCGUCACGGGCAUCCAGUUCUGGGUGACAGAGUACAUGAUCGUCGUCCUGAAAUUCAACAAAAUCACCGUCGUCGUUCUCUCCACGCUCUGUUUCCUGACUGCGCCCACUUCUGGAGUGUGGUGCGGCGGCUACGUUUGCGAUCUCUGCGGAGGGUACCGCGGCGGGCAGCAGCGCACAGCUGUUCGCGUGGCGACGGUCUUUGCGGGCGUCGCGGCACUGCUGGCGGUGGCGUGCGUAUACGUGGUGAACAUCGCCCUCUUCGCCUUCCUGCUGUGGGGAUCGCUCUUCUUCGGCGCCGCGCUAGUGCCGGUCGCCGUCGGCAUGCUUCUCUCCUCUGUGCCGGUCCAUCAGCGCAGCCUCUCUUCCGCCGUCUCUCAGUUCGCGUAUCAUGUCUUUGGCUGGUUCGCCGCGCCCCUUGCGAGCGGCGCUGUAAUGGACAUUGUCGAUACCUGGCAAAUGCACCAUGCAGCCUUCCAGGCCUCGAAGGAGCUGCCGCUGGCGGUCGGUUUCUCGAUGAUCUUAUGCGUGAGCGUUCUCGGCUUUGGAUUCUUUGCGACCGCGAAUCUGCUGACUCUGCCCUCUGAGAAGAUUGAGAAGGAAGAAGUGGAGCUGCAGUUGGCCCGGAGUCGCCUUCCGACUCUCUCCUUCUAA